AUGCCGUCACCUCGUCACAGACGAGUUCACCGAUCGACGAUACUGGCCCGCCUCAUACCGAGCCGUGCUAGGAUGACCAGCAUUGGUCGGCAAACUAAAGCCUUGCUUAAGAAGGAACUACUCAUUGUUCGAAAGAGUCUGCCUACUGCGAUCAUCACCGUCGUCUUUCCUAUUGUGGCACUUCUUCUUUUCUCCCUUCCCAACAUCGGUGGCGACACCCACGCGGAGAAGUUCACGGGUCAGUCGGUGUAUCAGCCACCCUUUGAAGACGUCCUCGCCCCCAGACGGUUCUUGGACAGCCCUGUGUACCCCACCGACACUCAAAUUCCAUACUCGCCAUCUUGGAUCCCCUUCGAAUGGGAAGCCCAUCAGGAGCGUAUAUGGUGGGCGCCUACGACUGAUUCUACCGCUAGUUCAGUCAUGAAAGUUGCCGCUGCUAUGAAUGGCAUUGAUGCUUCCGAGCUACGAGGCUUUGCCAGCGAUGAUGAUCUGAAGACUGCAUAUCAGGAGGCCAGACCUAGCAGUUUUUUUGCUGGUAUCAUCUUUGACUCGACAGACCCCACUUUAUUCGCAUAUGAGAUACUCAUCAAUGGGACAUAUGCACCAACAAGUGAAGCAGACAAACAGAUCGUCGUUAUCGAUGACACGAACCAUGGCAUGGUACUGGACUAUGGCAAGUAUAUUGACACGGGUUUCGUCGCUAUACAGAGGAUGCUCGACGAAGCUAUUGUUAAGGUCUUCAACACCAACAACGUCACCAAUAUACCAUCGUUGAAUGCUAUUCAAGCUUUUCCAAGACCGUCAGUACAGGCGGCCGAAGCUCCGUGGGUGUUCAAGUGGCUACCUGGUUGGUGCCUUAACAUUAGUAUACUAUUUUGGUUUACAGCUAUGGUCACUAAAAUGGUAUAUGAGAAAGAGUACGAAUAUUAUCGAUAUUUUCUUAUACUCAAGGUUUCCAAAUGGGCGUACUGGUCCCACUGGGCGAUCAUCUUCUCGCUAGUCUCAAUAGUCAUUUCCCUUGGCCUGGUUGGUGUUAUCUACCUUGAUCGUGUAUUGGUAUUCUCAUCGUGGUCACUAGUCUGGCUACAUUAUCUCCUCUUCUUAUGGCAACUAGUGGCUGCUGCUAUUCUUGCAUCUUCAUUUACAGCGUCAGUCCGAUCGGCCGGUGCUAUCGGUCUGUCGGCGACGUUUAUCAUCAGCGUUGUUUACAUCGCAUUUCUGGUGACAGGAAAUGUAGAGCGCCUUUCGGCGUUGAAAACAGUUCUCUCCAUCAUACCGUGGUUCGCUAGUAUGCGAGGCGGCGAGAUCACUGCUGGGUUGGAUUUGAGAGGAAGACGUGUUGGUCUGACUUGGUCCAAUGCUUGGGAAUAUGAUUUCGGUUAUCUCCUCAUUGCGCAAGCCUGCGGUAUUCUUAUUUUGCUCGGAAUCGCGGAGCUUCGAUUUCAUCCUAGUCGGUGUUGCCGAUCGAAAGUAGUCCAGGACUGCGAUGAGCCAACGACAAUCGAUGACGAUUGUGUCGCUGAGGACACCAUUAUGGAGCGCCCUGCCAUCAGAGUAACUAACCUCACUAAGCGCUUCCGUAGACAGGACAAGUCGGUCCUUACAGCUGUGAACCAUCUCUCCUUGAAGGUCGAUAAAGGGGAGAUCCUCGGGCUCCUUGGUCACAAUGGUGCCGGGAAGACUACUGCUAUCAGAAUGCUAUGCCGUGAACUCGAACCAGAUGAUGGUGUUGUGGACUUCAUCACUGCUAAAGGCGAUAUUGAUGUUGCUCCAGUAUUGGGAGUGUGCCUCCAACAGGAUAUACUUUUCCCUGAGCUCUCGGCUAAGGAGCAUUUGCAGACUUUCGCGCUUUUGAGAGGCUCGCCAUCACCCGAUGAUGAGGAAGUUCGCAACAUGAUGGUUAACGUUGGCCUUGAUAAUGCUGAAAUCGAUGAAUGUGUAUCGUCUUAUUCUGGCGGUAUGAAGCGUAAGUUGUCUCUGGCCAUAUCACUCCUCGGUGAUCCUGACUACCUGCUUCUGGAUGAGCCAAGUGCAGGCGUGGACCCCUACUCUCGACGAUCUCUGUGGGAUGUUCUACUACGCCUUGCUCACGAUGAAGGGAAGACUAUCAUCAUGACGACUCACUUCAUGGACGAAGCUGAUAUGCUGUCGAAUCACAUUGCUAUAAUGAGAGGGGGUCGCCUUGUGGCCUACGGGACCAGUCUUUUCCUCAAGUACAACAUUGCCCGCCUGGCUGCUACCAAUGCUGGAGUCACUGCUGGUUACACUCUUACUGCUACUUGUUCUUCCAAGAAAGAUAGAGAUGAGGUGAUGCGCAAGUUGAAGAAUAUCAUACCGGGUAUCAAAGGCUCGAGUGUGAAGGAUGAACAAGUCUCCGUCAAUUUGCCCUUGGGAGCUGAGAAGUUCUAUGCUGACGUUUUGGAUGUCCUCAAUGCUACCGGAGCUCCUGACGUGGCCAUGAGCCUCACCUCAUUAGAAGACGUUUUCCUAGCAACCUCUGAUGAGAAGGAAAGAAGAUUCAAUGUGGCGCUCAGUGGGAACAACGAAGCCAUCGAAGGCCCGUAA